UGAGUAAUCAUUAGCCCUUUAACACAAGUUAUGAUACAGCUGCAGUGUGAGCGUGGUGUUAUUUGGACCGGAGAUGUACUGAUUGAGUUGUUGUUGGGUUUUUUUUAAAACGAUCGAUGCUUUUAAUCGGACGAUGGAUGAUUGUUGAGUAACGUUAUCUGUUAGCUAAUCGCGCUAGUGCUAGCCAGGCGAGCUAAGGGAGCUAGCAGCGGUGACAUGCGUUGCAAAUACCUGGCCUGUGCUGCGCAGUCAGCUGACAUAACUUGGCUCGCUACGGCCUGUAACACAGAAAGCAUGCAUUGUAACCAUGUGUCAGGUUUGCACCGUGCGUAAAUGUUCGUUUUUAAAUGACGCCGAGAUCUUUUUUUUUUCUUUCUUUUUUUAAAACCACCGUGUGGCACAUCCAGGCAUGUCUGGAGUCAUAUUGUGACUGGCAGCUGUACUUGUCAGGCCGAGUGCUUUUGUAAGAAGAAGAGAGGUGGAUAUUAGCCAGGUGACAAUGUCAGAAGAAGCAGCUGUCAAAGUUGGUGUACAAGUGUCCUCUGUGAUUUUAAAAAGUACAAUCCACGCUUGGUUCCGUUGGUCACAUCAGUGUCUGUAUGCCUUAAUAUGUACAGUAUGUGAUCUAUUCUUGGCCCACGGAUAUUCGCAGGGUCAGGAGCUCUCCUGCCAGUCCACAGCCCCUUUUUGAUACGCACAGUCGGAUCAAAUCCUCGAUUAACGUGCGACAAACAUCUAAAUAUGUUGGUGGGAGUCACACAAAGUGCUUAGUUUGUUGUUCUCUCAGACUUUGUGGUUACACAGGGCUUUUUUAAUCAUUCUCCUCCUCGGUGGGGGGGAUAAUGGUUUCUUUUGUGGACAGGAGGAGGAUCAUGAGGCCCCGUGUGGCACAUUUCAUUGUACGUCUCUGGUUUCCAAUUUGAUGCCAUGGAGGCCCGAUGGUAUGCAGGUGUUCCUGCCUAAGCUUGCACCAGGUGAUUUCAGGUCACCUCUAAGGGCGCCGGUUUGAACCCAAAUGCCAAGGUGUGGCAGGAGAUGCCUGUGGCCUCCAGCGAGGCUGUUCCCAACAGCCCUCAUUGGCCCCCCUCAGACAUCAGCGAGGGUUAUUCUGAGCCUUCAUCUGCUGGGUGCAAGCAGUACACUGUGGGAUUCACGGCCCUGGAUGACAGCAGCUCCACAGCAACAGCUGAGAUAGCAGUAAAUGGAAUGGACCCUCCAGAGUUGGGAUUUUCCCCCGCUGAGUCCACCACAGGGACCUCAGUGGACUCCAAAACUGACGAACAGCCGAUCUCCUCUGAGAAUCUACGAGAGUCUCUGAAGAAAGAGCUGGAGUUUUAUUUCUCCAGAGAAAACCUCUCGAAGGAUUUAUACCUGAUGUCGCAGAUGGACAGCGACCAGUUUGUCCCUAUUUGGACUAUAGCCAGCAUGGAGGGCAUCAAAGUCCUCACCACUGACAUGGAGCUCAUCCUGGACGUGUUGAGAUCCUCCCCGAUGGUACAAGUGGAUGAGAAAGGGGAGAAGGUGCGUCCAAAUCACAAGCGGUGCAUUAUCAUCCUGAGGGAGGUCCCUGAAACCACACCUGUUGAGGAAGUUGAGUCACUGUUCAAAAACGACAACUGUCCAAAGGUGAUAAGUGUUGAGUUUGCACACAACAACAACUGGUACAUCACAUUCCAAUCGGACACGGACGCUCAGCAGGCAUACAAGUACUUGAGAGAGGAAGUAAAAACAUUUCAGGGAAAACCCAUCAUGGCCAGAAUAAAGGCCAUCAACACAUUCUUUGCAAAGAAUGGCUACCGUAGCAUGGACAGCAGCCUGUACGCUCAGCAGUCCCAGAGCCAGUCCCAGUACAGCUCUCCACUCUACAUGCAGCAUGUCUACCCGCAGCAGCAGUACCCAGUCUACGGCAUCGUACCCCCAACCUGGACGCCUUCGCCAACACCAUAUUUUGAAACUCCUCUGGCACCGUUUCCCAACAGUAGCUUUGUGAAUGGAUUUGGCUCUGCUGGACACUACAAAACUGCUUCCAACUCUCUUAACAUCACUCGCCCGUUCAACAGAAACCGUGUCCCCCUCUAUUCAAGAAAGAAUGUAAUAAAUGCCUUCAGAAAUCACGUGAAGCCCCAGGUGAGGACAAGCGAGGUGACCACGGCAUCUAUAACUCCUGUCCCCUUGGAGAGUCUGACUGCACUGCGCAGCCCGCAGCCGCCCACUCCUGCCGCUGCCACCACUAACCCAGUCCAGACAACCUCCGACCUGAGCUCAACGUUCUCACAUCUCUCCUCCUCUUCCUCGUCUUUGGACCCCAGUGAUGACAGCAGUGUGGCCGGACGUGGAAGGCGGAGCACAACCUACAGAGGAACACGGAGGAGGCGAGAAGACGACCGGAUCGCGAGGCCAGUGCCGCUAGCAGAGGUCAAGGUUUCGCCACCCAAGUUUGAUUUGGCUGCUACAAAUUUCCCACCUCUUCCUGGCUGCGUGGUCAGCACACAGGGAGAGCCAGUGCUAGAAAACCGAAUGUCAGAUGUUGUACGUGGCUUGUACAGGGAUAAGACUGAACAAGCCAAUAAAGAAGCCACUGUGAGUCCAGGUUCAGGGCAAGCCCCAGUCGCAGAGGAGGCUGUGGUUGUCUCAAGUCCUGCCCUGGCAGCAGCGAAAUCUGCUACACAACCACUUGGGCCCUCAGCUCCUGGUAUCACUCGUCAGGAGAAGAGGGUUGAACGGGCAGAGCCGCCCGCUCCGACUCCAAAAGUGACUCCACGCGCACCUGUUCAAACUACCGUGAACCCACCCUCCUCCACACAGCCUGUGCCUAGCUCCAGGCCUCAACCCUCUGCUGCCUCCACGCCAGCGACACCCAGCACGCCGGCCCCAUCUACAGCCACUAAUCCCACCCAUGCACAGGAGCCACGUAAGCUCAGCUACGCCGAGGUGUGCCAACGGCCACCCAAGGACCCUCCCCCUGCGGCCCCUGCUCCAGCUUCCACGGGCACCGCGUCAGGCCAGCCGCUACGCGAGUUGCGCGUGAACAAGGCUGAGGAGUCGGGCUCUAGCAGCGGUCCUGGAGACAAGCAGGAGAAAAGCCACGACCGGGAGGGGGGAUGGGAAUGCAAGGAGAGCCGGCCACCGCGUGAACGUGACUCUCAAGGCUACUAUCGCAGCAAUGGCCCCAGAGGCUCAGGGGGCCUCAAGUUUCGGGAGCAGAGGCGCCCUCCUCCAGCUCGACGCAGCUCCCCCCAGGGAGGCUACAGGCACACUGGCAAAGAGCAGAAUAUCCCACCAGUAUCGCCAAAGUAAAAACUUUGAUUUGAAUAGAAAAAAGAUGUAUGAAUAUAUACAUGGAUAUAUAUAAUUAUAUAAAAAUAACAUAAAAGCAACAACAUUAUGGUAGCCACCUCCCCCACCCUGGAACUUGUCCAAAGAAAAGCUUUUAAAAUGACAUUAAGACGGGGACAUCCAGGACUAAUGGGCAAAAUGACACCUGAAGAACUUUUGAGUGAUUUGAAAAGGAAACAAAUCUUGUUUUGUUUGGGCUCCAGCAUAUUAUGCUUAAAAAUAAUUUUAAGUGCGAUUUAUCUGGACGACGCCUCAUUUAUGCUCUGCUCGGGAGAGGUGGGAUUCUGGGCCACGUAAAUGGCCCUCUACCUUUUUUAUUUUUUUUUUUUUUUUUUUUUUUUUUUUUUUUUUUUAAUUUUUAUUUUAACAAAUAGAUGUCUGCAAGAACAAUAUGCACUAAGAAGAAAAGAACAUGCAUAUAUGUCAUGUACAUAUACAAAGAUAUCACUAACACGCAAUGAGACAUCAGUUUUUUUUCUUCGUUUUUUUUUUCUUGUGUGCUUAGAUUUGCAAAGUAUGACUGAAGGGUUGACUGAAGUCUGUGUAUGCAUUGAUUGUUAAGCAAAAUGAUUGAAGUGCUACAGUGUGCUGUUGCACUAAUGUUAUGAAAUGGAUGAUUUUUGAUUUUUACAUCAGAGAUUUGGAAAUCAUUGUCCUGAAACUGGACGGUGUGGUCUUCUAAUGUAUAUUAAUGAAAUAUGUUCUAUGGUGGUAUUUUUUUUUUUUUCCUCUUUUCUUUUUAUUGAUCCUGGUUCAUUCAAUUGGCUUAUAAAAUCGUAUCAGUCGGAUAUCAGAAACCGUUGACGUACGCCGCAGUCAGAUGUGUGGUUUUGUUUGACGCCGAAAAUCCACUUUGGGGGGUGCUCACCGGCCAAGGUGAGCCUGCUAGCCUGGUCCAAAGUUUUUCAUGUUAAGUUUGAUCUCUAUCUAUCUGAACCGUUUUUGGGGGUCUCCACCCUCUGAUGGAUUCACAACAUUUUUGUCAUGUUGAUAAUCAGUCAGGUUCUCUGUUUACAUGUUUGUUUGGGUGUAGCAGGUUGAUGUUUUUUCCGAGAGAGAGAAAAUAGGAUAAUGGUAAGAUCUGACUGUUCAGCGCGCCUGAUGGUUUUAGGUGAAGUUUGGCUUUUCUACAUCAUCGCAGGAUAUCCAGGUUAAGCUUAUAUAUCUGUGAAUUGUUCUGAACUAUGGCAUAGUGUCAAAAAAUAGACUGAGGAGUGCUGUUAGCUAAGGAUGAUAGCUACAUUAAAUAUUUGGCAGCCAAGUCGUGGGUAUAAAGGAAGAAUUUGAACAUUUUCACGUGCUAUGUGCCAGCUGCCUACGAUAGUGUGCUACGGUAAAAAGGUUUUGAUUUUUAUUGACGAGGUCUGCUAAAUAAUGUAGUGUUGGGGGAAACUUUUGGCCCAGUGAAACUGGAUUUUUGAAGAAGCUGUAGAGGUGUUAGUUGCCUAUGCUAUAUUGUAAUAACCCUUCACUAGAAAUGUGUGUGGGAGAAUGUAAUUGUUCUAGUACUGAAUUUACAGAGGGAGUUUUUUUUUUUUUUUUUUUCUUUUUUUGGACAGCAGGUAUCCACCAGCUUGUUUUGUGCUUUUUAGGGUGAGUUUGCUGGUUUGUUUUUAUUUCUUUGUUUUUUGUUUUUUAAUUUUUGGAAGAAAAAAAAAACAAACAGGUUGACUUAGAAUUUGAAGUUUGACUCACUGUAUGUAUUUUGCUUUUUAAAAAGUUUAUUUAUUUUAAUUCUGAUGCACAACGCUUUUCUCCCAAUCUUGGUAGGCUGGUUUCCCCAAAGUUGUGUGAAAUCGCAUUGGCAAAAUAAAAUCACGCAUAUGACAUUUAUAUACUGUUCGGAGAUGUCAGCUGAGCGGAGGAAAAAAAACAAAAAAAAAACUUGAUGCAUUGACUUUGGGUUUAGUAAUGCAGUAAACGAGUAACCAAUCACUGGGCCUGUUAUUUCUUUAUCAUUAAUGAGUAUGAGCAGCUAGUGGUUUAGUAUAAUUAAAUAAAUGCACUAACUUGUUUUUAAAAAGAAUCUUACUCAUGAGUAAUGUGAAAUCAUUUUAGAAGCAUAUGGUUGAUGUUGACAGGCUUGCAAAUCCCUACAGGAACCCCCCCCCCCCUCUUCCAUAUGUUUGGGUUAUUUUCUGUUAAUUUGGGUUGGGGUGGCAAAAAGGAAAUAUAGUAAUGGAUAAAGCAAGUGUUUGAGACACAAUCCUAGAACUGUAUGAAAUGUCACCAAAAAUAAAUUAUUUUGAUUUGGC